AUGGCAAUGCCUGCUUCAAUUGGCUACAUCGAUGCCAAAGCAAGAGUGAUUCGUGUAAUUUCUCGAACUACAACUUUCGUCAAGGCUUCAAUUGAUUUCAAUAAUGACAAAACAAAUGCCGGUAAGCGUGCCAAGAUACGACAAAUGCUGAGCGAACUUGUGGAUAUUCGUCAACAUGUUGAAGAUGACAUACAAAUCAUGGAAUCAGCUGUUGGUCAAAAGACGGCUCCAAUUGACGUUACCGACAAUCAAUGCAGUAGUAAACUGAUUGAAUCUUUUGACACCAUGUACUAUGAACUCGCCGCUUUCGCUGAUGUCCAUUCACUUUCAUUGAGCUCUACACCGUCUAAUACUUCCGCUUUGAAUCAAUCUUCUGGUCUCAACAAUAUGUCAAUGUUCCAACUGCCCAAACGCAAAUUUCCAACCUUUUCUGGCAAUAUAGUUGAAUGGCAAGGAUUCGAAGACCUAUUUCAAUCCAUUCUAUCUCACGCUCCUGAAUUACCAGACGUAGAGAGAUUCGAAUAUUUGAAAACGUCUCUAGAGGGAGAAGCACUUUCUUUAGUUUCACACCUUACAAUCACGUCAGGAAAUUACCACAGUGCCUGGAAUAUCUUGCGUUCGAGAUACGGAAAUAAACGAGACUUGGCCAGGACUCAUUUGGAAGCACUUCUAAAACCUCAUACCGUGAAGUGGGAUGAUGCUUCUUCAAUAAAGAAGUCAAUCAACACUAUCCUAGAACAUACCUCAGCAUUGGAUAAUCUUGAAUUUGUCACCCGUCAAUGGAGUCCAAUAUUAGUACAUAUUUUUGAAAAUCAUCUCGACUUUGAACUUCGUGCUCGUUGGGAACACAUUGUUGGUGAUAAACACAAUCCACAGGUUAGUGAGUUUGUCGAUUUUUUGCGUAGCCACGUCCGCUCUGCAGAAGUCCUUCCACAAAGUUCUGCCAAUCCGUCAAAAAAGCAAUCCAUUCCGACUUCUCAAGCUCAACCAAGUCAUUCCAAGCCACGUUAUGGAUCACAUCAAAAGGUUUUGUCUGCUACGGCAAGUCAAUCUGCCCCAAUAAGCUGUCCAUUGUGUAAAAAAUCGCAUUCAAUUCGAAAGUGUCCAUUGUUUAGUGACCAAGUCCCAAACGAGCGAUUUAAAUUGGCAAAAUUACACCACCUUUGUAUUAACUGUCUUGGACCUGGGCACUCGUCUAUCACAUGUCCAUCAAAGUAUAAAUGCCAAACUUGCCAGAAGUCGCAUCAUACUUUAUUACAUUUUGGUGCUAUCUCUGUCGUGCAAUCAAAACUACUUCCGUCAACCUCAGAUCGUCAAGAAAAUAAUUCAAAUGUUACCUCAAUGAUUGUUAGAGGUCAACCAAAAACAACAGUACUUCUUUCUACUGUACGUUUGGACGUUCUGGCCUUGGAUGGCUCUCGUCAGUCACUUCGUGCUCUGAUAGAUAGUGGUUCUCAGGCUAGCUUUAUAACAGAAAAAUCCGUUUGUUCACUAAAGCUUCGUCGAAGUCACUCAUCUACUAUUAUAUCUACAUUUAAUAGCAACACAAGCGCUCCAGUUCGUGGCAAAUCCACAAUCGUCAUCUCUCCUAGUGGUCGUUCAACUCCAUCGGUUCAUGUUGAAGCACUGAUUGUCCCAACAAUUACUGAAUGUACACCUCAGCAACAAAUAGUUCCAGGGAAAUGGUCACACAUUGCAAAUCUGCCGCUAGCUGAUCCGUCGUAUCACACUCCAGGAGAAGUUGACAUUCUGCUCGGUGCCGAUAUCUUGCCUUCACUGUUGCUUGACGGAAAAAUUUCUGGAGAGUGUGGCGAACCUAUGGCCAUUGAAACAUUGUUUGGUUGGAUCCUAUUGGGACCUGUCCAUUCCCAUGAUCAAACCAAUUCAAUCACCUUAUGCUUAUGUACCUCUGAACCACUUGACAACACUUUGAAAGCAUUUUGGGAGCUUGAAGAACUACCGUCUGUCCAUCAUUUGAGUUCUGAUGAUAUCAAGGCCGAAACCUUUUAUAACACCACAACUACUCGGCUCGCAUCUGGACGAUUUAUGGUAAGGCUUCCGUUUCGACAGCCUUCUCCUUUACUUGGUGACUCAAAAACAUUCGCUCUGCAACGUUUCAAGGCUCUAGAACAACGAUUAGAUAAAAAUCCAGAUCUUCGUCAACAAUAUAUUGAUUUUAUGCAGGAUUACUUAUCUACCGGACACAUGGAAUUAAUCCCUCCAUCAACCUUUGAUACACCGCACAAAUACUACAUACCUCAUCACUGCGUAUUGAGGCCCGACAGUAAGACGACAAAACUCCGUGUUGUGUUCAAUGCUUCAGCUAAAACAACCGCGGGUACCUCACUCAAUGAGAGCAUGUACACUGGGCCGAAGCUCCAGCCCGAUAUCCAAAUUGUAUUGUUACGAGCACGUCUAUGGAAAUAUUUGUUUGUCACCGAUAUCAAACAAAUGUAUCGGCUAAUACUCGUCCAUCCUGAUGAUAGAGAUUAUCAACGUAUACUAUGGCGAUUUUCACCUACUUCUAAAAUUGACGAAUAUAGGCUCUGCACCGUGACAUAUGGUACUUCAGCAGCUCCAUAUCAAGCGUUACGCACAAUUCGUGAGUUGGCCAUGGUUGAUGGCGCUCAGUCGACCCGUGCUGCUGCAAUUCUGCUCAAUGAUACCUUUGUUGAUGAUGUCCUCACUGGAGCUAAUUCUGUACAAGAAGCUCUCGAAUGUCAACAGGAACUCAUUCAGCUAUGUUCACGGGCAAAAUUCGAACUCCGCAAGUGGGCAAGUAACUGCAGGGAAAUUUUAUAUGCCGUUCCUGAGGAUACUCAUGUGAUGUCUCCGUUAAUGCUUUUUGACGCUAGUGAAGACCCCGCCUUGAAGCUCCUUGGUCUUAACUGGGAUCCAUCAUCUGACACGUUUUCAUUCAAAAUCCAUUCCAUGACAAAAAAUCCAACAAAACGCUCGAUACUUUCAGACAUAGCACGAAUAUUUGACCCACUAGGAAUUCUGUCACCAAUCACGUUGUUCUCAAAACAUCUGAUGCAGCGACUCUGGACUGAUGGUGUUGGCUGGGAUGAUCCUGUCUCUAUUGAAAUCGCACAGCUCUGGUCUCGAUAUCAUUCUGAACUUCAUCUAAUCGCAGAUCUCUCGGUUCGUCGCCGAUUAACUUAUGACCAAGCCUGUUCUGUACAACUCCACGCAUUUUCGGAUAGUUCAGAAAAGGGUUAUGCUGCUGCUGUCUACUUGAGAGUUGAGACACCAACAUCAGUGUAUUGCCAUCUGGUUGCUGGAAAAUCUAAAGUAGCUCCUUUGAAACGAUGUACGAUUCCAAGACUCGAAUUAUGUGGAGCCGUUUUGGCUGCCAGAUUACUAAAUUUCGUCGUCAACACCUACGCUGGUCGUCUCAAAAUUGAUGAACAACACGCAUGGACAGAUUCGACAACUGCACUGCCAAAUUCAGGAAUUGACGUCACCAUCUAUUUGGCGUUAUGUUCCCACACAAUAAACCCAGUCGAUUGCGCUUCACGUUGGUUGUUUCCAUCCGAACUUGUCAAUCAUCCACUCUGGUGGUCUGGUCCACCGUAUCUGCAAGAAGCUGACCAUCAAUGGCUUUCAUCACUUAUGACUCAAACAUCAGAUAUAGAUACAUCGCCAACAUUUGAAUUUCGGAAGUCCAAUGUACUACAUGUCAUCAUAAAAUCAUCAAUUAGUGACUUACUAGCACGGUACUCGACAUUAGACAAGAUUCUUCGUAUCUUGGCAUAUGUACUACGAUCGAGAAAGUUACGGUCUUCAGGUCUAAAUAGCUUCACCGUAAAUGCUGGAGAACUCAUGCAUGAUUUGUCUGCAUUGAUAUAUUUCACGCAGCGCACCGUCUACCAUAAUUUUAUUCAAAGAUUGACCAAAGGAUUACACAUCAUAUCCAAGAACCUGCGUCGCUUGGAUUUGUUUAUUGAUCCAUCCGGUCUUGUCAGAGUGGGCGGUCGACUCACGAAUGCCAAUCUACCUUAUGCCCACAAACAUCCAGUUCUUUUGCCUUCGUCUCAUCCAUUAACAAACCUUCUCAUCGACCAUCAUCAUGUCCGGUUGUGCCAUCCAGGGGCUCACACUCUGCAGACACAUCUACAACAGGACUACUGGAUUCAAUCCGCACGUCGCGUUAUUCGAUCUCGACUCAGGUUAUGCAUUCCCUGUUUCAAAACUCGGCCUAAGUCCGUUGAACCAAAAAUGGCGGCUUUACCCAAACAUCGAGUUCAGCAAAUCAAACCAUUUGCCAUUACAGGAGUGGAUUACGCCGGUCCUAUUGUCAUAAAACAAUCAAGAGGUCGAACAUCUGCUUCAAGGUCAACUUAUAUUUGUUUGUUUGUAUGUCUAGCCACCAAAGCCUUGCACCUGGAACUCAGUUCUGAUUUGACCACUGAAACCUUUCUGCUAGCUUUCACUCGUUUCAUAGCACGACGUGGCCCUGUUUAUGAAAUGCAUAGUGACUGUGGCACACAUUUUGUCAGUGCAGCACGACUACUAACUCCUUUGAACACAUUCAUUAAAUCAGCUUCUUUUCAAGAUAAAGUACAUCAGCAGCUAGUAAAUAACGGUAUUCAUUGGCAUUUCAAUCCACCUUCCUCGCCACAUUUUGGCGGUCUGUGGGAAGCAGGCGUCAAAUCAACCAAAUCAUUAAUUCUUCGGUCAAUUGGCAUCCAUAGAUUAACCAGUGAAGAAUUAAUGACGUUACUCACCCUAGUUGAGGCUACUUUAAACUCUAGGCCAUUGAGUGCUUUGAGUAAUGACCCCUUUGAUCUCUCCGCUUUAACACCAAGUCAUUUUUUGAUUCUUGAGCCUUCAACCAAUUUACCCGAACCCAACUUAGAGACGAUCUCACUGUCCAAAUUGCAGAGAUGGCGUCUCAUCAAUGACCUAGAUCGCUCUUUCUGGACAAGAUGGAGAAACGAUUAUCUAUCUAGCUUACAAAUCCGCAGCAAAUAG